AGCGCACACGUAUAAGCUAGGAAAUGGGUUGGGGAGCACAACAUAUACAACAACAACAGCAGCAACAACAACAACAACAGCAGCAGCAGCAGCUGCAGCAGCAACAACAACAGCAAGCUCAACAACAGCUUCAGCAACAAUUGAAACACAAGUCGUCUUCGUCUUCAUCGUCAUCCUCAUCGGCAGUUUCGUCGUCCGCCAACACCUCGGCAGCAGCAGCACAACUUCUUCAACAACAACACCAACAACAUCAUCAAAACGCAGCUGCGGCCGCGGCUGUAGCAGCGGCAGCAGCCAUGCAUGCACCGCAUAGCGCGCAUGUAGCACCCCUGGCACCACCGCUACCACACCCUCACACGCACCCGCAUUCGCUUGAUAUGUUGUACUCCCACAGCCGUCAACAACAGCAACAACAACUCCAACACUACCACCAACACGCCCAGCAGCAACAACAGCAUUACCACCAACAAAUCAGCGCCGGCAAUAGCAACAACGGCAGCACUAGCAACCAUGGCCACGGCCUAAGUUCACAAAGCGCUGGCAGCGGCUCUUCGUCGUCGUCUGCGUCAAAGAGCAGUAGUAGCAGUGCAUCAAAUGGCAAUGUUUCGCGUCAUACUGCGUCCUCCACCAACACCGCAGCGCAGCAGUUAGCCGCCGCAGCUGCAGCCGAAAGUGCAGCUGCUUACAACUUCUUAUGCGGCUCCGCAGCUGCAGCUGCCGCUGCCGCUGCCACCAUGCUUAGUCCACCGCUAAGCGCCAAUUCUACGCUUGCAGCGGUCAAUCCAUUUGCAAAUCCUUUCGAUUGGCUGGGAGCAGGCGGUGCUACAGCUGCAACGGCACACGCAGAUAAACAAGCACGCGCCGCUGCAGCAGCAGAGAAGCAAGCGCGCGCUGCCGAUGCUAGUCGCUACAAUCGCGCCGCUCAACAGCAGCAACACCAACAGCUACAGCAGCAGCAACAACACAAUAGUGCAACGGCCGCCACGCCCUCGUCCUCCACGGCAGCAGCUGCGGCUGCAGCAGCUGCUAAUGAUUUUAUGUCGCUCUUCAGCGCCGCAGCUGCAGCAGCAGUAGCUGGAGAGCACGCGUCUACGCAUCGCAGCUCCUCGAACGCAUCAGCGGCUUCGGUGGCAAGCUCGGCUUCGUCUACCGCAGGCGCCGCGGCGACAACGGCACACAAAUUGAGCUCAGCGUCAUCGUCAGCAGCUUUGGCAGCAGCACACGCAUCCUCAUUAUUCUCGCCACCAUCAGCGGCGGCGGCUGCAGCCAAUGCAUAUCACUUGCAAUCGCCUAGUGCUGCGGUAGCGGCGGCCGCCGCAGCUGCUGCAGCAGCAGGAACACACGGACUGCCGUCGCCGACGAUAUAUCCCCCAACGCCGCCGCCAUCGACGCCCUGGAUUCAUCCCUGGUACGCGGGUGGCGAGACAUUUUGAAGUUGACCCGGACGCGCGAUAUAAAACACAACAAAAGGCGUUACAGCAAAUGCGUUGGUUAAGGUGGGAUAAAAAAGAGAGUUAGAAAACGAGGAUAUCGAGGUGAAAUUGUUUGGUACGCAUGAACUUGGCAAUAGUGUUAAAUUUUAUCAGCGGGAAGCGUUGCGGUCUAGCGAUUUUAUUACUUUAUGUGCACAAUUCGUUUGCACAACGUUGAUUGCUGUUUAUUAAGUUGUAUAUUAUGUUGUGCUAUGUACAUUUUUUUUUUUUGAAAACUAUCGAAUAUAAUCGCUUCAUAUUGAAAGUGAUCUAUCUAAAAGAAGUUAGGUUAUAUUUUGCAUUCAAUUUUUACUGGGAUAUUUAAUUUGAAUAAUUUAUUGCUGUAUUAAAAAAAUGUAAUCCUUUUGCCUUGACUGAUUUAAAAACAUUAAGCUUGAGAAAGAGAAAAAAAUUCGAAUGCGAUAAAAAAUGUACACCUCCCCAGAAACCAUAAAAAAAAAUAAUGGAACAAGAAAAUUAAAUGAACAAACACUGAAACAAAGAACUGAAUGUAAAUUUAGUAAAGCAAAAUUUUAAUAAAUAUGUGAACUGCUUAAGGUACUUAAUAAUGUAUUUCUCCAGUACGCAAGCGUUUAUGGAUAUUUGAAAAAUUAUUCGCUGAACAGUUAUCAGAAAAAGCGUUAACAAGUUCAAUAACAAGUUUUCUUUGAAACAUAAAUGUCACACUAAUAGUUUUGUAAGUUUGACUGUAAAUAGAGCAUAGCAGUAAUGUAGAAAAUUUAGGUUAGAACCUACUAUAAAUAGGCCAACCGUACGUUUACUUAAAAUGACGGCAAAUGGCCAUUCUUAUAUGUAAUUCACCAUUAAAAAAAUAUUCACUCUCAGAAAACUACACCAAAUUAAAUGAGAAAUCAAAUUUCGCUAGAUUCAUAUAAAUGCAAAAACAAAGAGACGGAGUAAAAGUUGUCAUGUCAUUCAUGUAGACUCAUUGUCUAUUAAAACUAAAUUAAUUACAGUGGAAACUUGAAGCGUGAACACACAUUUCUUCUAAGGAAAAAUAUGAAACAUUUUAAUAACGGAAUUUAAAAUGGCUUUAUAGAUGUUGACUGAAGAACGAAAAAAAACUAAAAUC